UCCUCAUUUGCAAUACACUAGCAAUCUAGCGUUGAUAUACAUACAUAUAUACAAAUGUACAUCGUAGAUAUCCUAGUGAGAGGAAAAAAGAGCUAAAAUUUUGCAAAAAUCCGUCGCGAAACUGUCACCAACAUUGAAAAUUGUGCUUAAAAAGCUGAAAAAUCGUUACGCGAAAAGUUCUUUCAUAAAUUGGAAACGUCGCAAAAGGAGACGGACGCACGGGGCAACCAACACCACACCAGCGGCAGGUUUAAGAUUUGAGUAAAUGCCGCAAAUCAGAGUUUUUCACAAAGACAGAGAUAAAGACAUCGGCUUAAAUGUGGCGCAAAAGUAACCACCACACGGGAUAAAAUAUAAAUAAAAUUAAAAAAAUAAAUAAAUAAUCAAAUGAAAACAAAAAUCGAACCACCCAUUACUUAUGAGUGAAAAUAUCAUCAAUAAGUUACAACAAUAAACCCCCUCCCAAAAACAAAAAAAGUGCUGAAGUGUAAGAAACCAGUUCGACCGUGCACAGCAGGCAGUGAGCAGUUAACAGCCACAAAAAAUCACAACAAAAUUAUAUAUAUUGUAUUGUGGCGCAUACUUGAAUACAUACACACACAUAUACGCACACAAUAAACGCCAGCAACUUUUUCUUCCGACUCUCAUUGUCGUUGUUAUCAUCGGCUGUGCGCUGUGCGUUCAAAUCAUCGUCGCCAAAUACGGAAAAGUGUCAAAUAAUGCGUUUCACUUACAAUCAGUACAAUUAUUCCGAAUCCGGUUAUCGGAUUCCGUCCAAGAUGCACAACAACAAUGCUGGUAAUGGUCCAAUGGCGGCUGCAUAUCAACAUCACCACAGGAGUAAUUUUGGCAUGCGCAUGACCAUGGCUACUGCAUCAACGAUGACAGCACGCAUCCAGCGAAAAGGUUUUCGUACGCCCUCAAAACGUUAUCCGGGCAAGGCGAUACCUGGUAAACUGCACUCGGUUUCACGGAUUGGUCCUGGAAAAUUGGUGCCUGGCAAACGUUUACCCCAACGGCCGCAUCCGCCACCCUGCGAUAAUUCGAACGACAGCGGCUUUGGUUUCGAUCAACAUCUAGAAGUUCAGCAACAGCAACAACAACAACAAAUGCAGCACACGGCCUGCGGUAGUGGUGCCAGUAGCAGUAGUAGCAGCAGCAGCAGCAGUAGCAGCAGCAGCGGUAGUCCAGGCAACAGUAGCGGUAGUGAUAUUAUGCACAACAACAACACUGCCACCAACCUUAGCAUUGGCAAUGGCAACAGCAGCAGCGGUAGCAACAGUGGUCAUCACCAUCAUCAUCACCAUCACGGACAUGGCCAUCACCACGGCUCGGCAGCAAUGCAACAUUCGACGCAUCUCAUCCGUGCCAUACCGGCUUCAAGAUCAACACCCAAUAAACAGUUGCCAUUUGUCACCUCCACCGAUGAUGAAGAUUAUUAUGAAGAUUUUUGCACUGAUGACUCCAAUGAUUACUACCGGCAGCGCUUGAAUUCAGAUUCGAAUAGUCAAUCGCACAUUGGCUCCAAUCAAAAUCAGCAAUCGCAACAACACCAACAAUGCGCUGAGGAUGAACAACUUGGCGGGAAGAAAAGGAAGCUGGAAAGCUAUGUGGAACUCGAUAAUGAUGAUGCGUGCAGUGAAGAUGCUUUUAUACGGAAAAUCGCUAGCGCCAGUAAUAUGGAAACAACUGCUGAAGCACCGCCAGCCAAGCUGAUGGUCGUACCCACAGUGGCGCCCAUAAAAUUUAUACCUACUGGUCCACGUGCUAUGACUCGAGUGGCACAUAAGCGCCAGCCAGCAAUACCGCAAAAUACGGCAGUGACUUCAUCAAAUGGGCGUGUGCAAUUGGAAAUAGUCUCGCAGCCAGAGCAACAGCAUCGUGCACGAUACCAGACUGAAGGUAGCCGUGGCGCUGUAAAAGAUCGCAGUGGCAACGGUUUUCCCAUUGUCCGUCUUACUGGCUACAACAAGUCCACUGUGCUUCAAGUUUUCAUCGGCACAGAUAUUGGACGCGUCGCACCGCACAUGUUCUAUCAGGCGUGCAAGGUGGCAGGCAAAAACUCCACACAGUGCAACGAGAAGAAAGUGGAUGGCACCAUGGUCAUAGAGAUCGACUUCAAACCAGAGUCGGAUAUGACUAUUACUUGCGAUUGCGUUGGCAUACUUAAGGAACGCAACGUUGAUGUGGAACAUCGUUUUCCGGAUCAUUUGGCACAGAAGAAUAAAAAGAAAUCAACGCGCUGCCGCAUGGUGUUUCGCACUCAAUUGACACAUGACGAUGGCACUGUGGAGAUGUUGCAAGUGUGCUCAAAUCCCAUAAUUUGCACACAACCACCAGGCGUACCAGAGAUUUGCAAAAAGUCACUUAACUCCUGCCCAGUAGAUGGUGGCCUCGAACUCUUCAUUAUCGGCAAGAACUUCCUCAAAGACACGCAUGUGCUCUUUCAAGAAACCUUCGAGAGUGGACCACCAAGCGACACGCCCUCGGAGCUAGCCGUACGCCAGCAUUUGGGCGGCGCAUUAUGGGAACAAACAGUGCUACCCGAUAAGGAAUAUUUGCAACAAACUCACCUAAUAUGCGUAGUGCCACCCUACAUACAUCAGAACAUACUCAAGCCUGUAACUGUGCAGUUGGUAAUCAUUUCCAGUGGCAAAAAGAGUGAGCCGCACACAUUUGUUUACACGCCGAAGGGUAGCUAUUCGACCUUAGCAGCUGCCACGACACUAAGCACUGCCUUGCAUGGCAGCUUAUCAGGCGCACAAGAUGCCACCUCAUAUAUGGAUACAUCGAACGCUAUUGCGCCAGCAAUGGGUGGAGCUGCUGGUGGUGCAGCCCUUUGGCCAGCCACGGAGACCAAACAUGAAAUCGAUUCCGGUAUGAUGCCACCACCAAUCACAACACAAAUGCCGAUGGGCGUACGGCGCCCUUCAUUGCCCACAGCCACGCCCAUGCUAACGGAUCAGCAAUUAGCACACCUGAACGUCGCUGAAACACUCAAGACUGAGCUGAUCGACGAGACGUCGCAAAGUUCGUUGGCGGAGGCGAUACAAACGCCAGAUGCCGUUAUGGCCAAUUGCGGCGCUCCCAUCAGUCCCAAUGCAAUGCAAUUUCACUCACACUAUGACCGCAAGACUAGCAUGGACACAAUGAUGUACGAUUCGAACAGCAUGCCUGCAUUUCCGGUGGCACCGCCGCCCUCCGUAGCUGCCGCCGUUGAAUUGGCCGUGAAGACGGAAAUUGCCAAAGUUGUGGCACAACAGCAACAGGCAGUGGCAGUAGACAAAUUCAUCACCGAUUUGGCUAAAUCCACAGCAGUGGCAAAUGACCCGACCGUGGCGGCUGUUGUUGCCGCAGCAGCAGCAGAGGAGUCGCUUUUCGGUGGCGUUAAUAACAGCGUGGGCACAGUCAUCGAUCAUCCGUUCGCUGGUAUUAUGCAGCAAGCUAAUGGGCCACAGCAACCGGCAGUGCUCGAACGCAGCUUAUCCAUAUCGAGCAAUUCUUCCUCUCACUCGAAUGGUUCGAGCGGUUCGUCGCCACACUCAGGCUUAACAGCCACUCUUUCUGUCUCGCCGAAUAAUUCACUCAAUGGACACAAUUCACCCAUUACGCAGGAUAUUAUCUUAAAUUCGGAACCUGCGGCGGUGUUAAAUGCAAUGCCAAUGCAACAACUCUUGCCGGCCCCUAUAGGUGGCAACGGCGCAGUAGCUGUGCCAGCCAAUGCGGUGGUGGAAGCCACUGUAGCUGUUCCAGGUGUGGCCACGGCUGCAACAAUCACCGAUACAAAUGGCGGCAUCUCCACUGAAAUGAUUAUGAAUCCUGCAGUUUCACCGUCCACGAUUUUGUGUUCAGCUAAUGGUGCUGCCACCGCUGUAGUGCCGAAUAUCAUGGCUCCGCACCAAGUGACUAUGGCUAAUUCGAUUUUGAACGAUAUUGCCAUGCAGCCACAGCCCACACAGCAAGAUGCCGCGGUAGCAGCACUUGCGCUCAGCAAUAUUAUAAUGAGCCCUACAAAUCCAACUGGUGCGGUGGUGGAUAAUGUGGCCGAUGUGGAACAGGCAGCUGACCAGCCAGUGGCUGUGACAGUGGCGACUUCCACUGCUGUUAGUAAUAUGAUCAUCAAAGCCGCAGCCGAUUUAAUAUCUAAUCAGGAACAACAACAGCAGCAUCAACAACAACAACAACAGCAGCAGCAGCAACAACACCAUCACCAACAGCAACACCAUCAUCAACAACAGCAACAGCAACCACCACCACAAGCAUUAAUAAAUCCGGCAGCGGCAGCAGCAGCGGCGGUGGCCUCGACUGGCAAUACAAGCCCCUUAGUUAACUUGCUUCUAAAUCACCCCGACGUGCCGCCAUCUGCAGCUGUAGCAGCAGCAGCAGUAGCAGUCAGCGACGUGCAAUCGCAAUUCUCAUUGGGCAUUCCUCCCACUUCCCCACAGGAAUCUCUCAUAGUUGCCUUGGCCACCGAAAAUUCAUUGCAAAAAUCAGUCGCCGCAGCUGCAGUGACCACAAAUGGCGCUGUUGUUACUCAACAAACUUCAGCGGCCGCGCCCGGUAUUCACGCUGGCGCGGCGGUUGGGCCUGUGCCCCUACAACCGCCGAUUCCGCAAGAGCUGACCACAAUGUCGGACCAAGACUUGAUUAGCUACAUCAAUCCAAGCACAUUUGAUCAAAUCUAAAAACUUAUCUGGCGGCGCUUUCGGAAGGGAGAACAACGAGCGCGGUACAAUUUUUGUGUACCGUUGACAGCAUUCAGAAGCAUUGAUUUGAGGCAACGAAUGUUUCACGGCUACAGCGGAGACCAUUGGCUACUAGCGCAGAGGUCGUUCGCCCGCUUGCCACUAAUGCGAAUUGAACAAAAAUCAAAUAGUGGCGCAUUCAAUACGGCAAGUGGAGAGAGCCAGCCAUGGCAACUGCAAAACACUAAAACAAAAAAUAAUAACAAUUACCUAUUGAUUAACAAAUAUGAAAAAAAUGAAAAUAUGAAUAACACACAUGAAACAUUCUAACAUGCAAAUAUUUUAAACACAUACAUACAUACAUGCAUAUUUUCGGUCGGUGUGUCUAUGUAAUUUUGCCUAUAGGCAGUGAAAACUUUGGUGUAAACUAUGUGUAAUGGUUGAAUGUCCCUUAAAAAAACGAACUUGCAUUAACUUGUAACUUUAAGUUUGCUUAAUUUCAUUGUGGCAAUGUGGACUCAAUACAGCAAACAUACAUACAUACCAAAAAUAUGAACCAUCGCUUUUUUCACAUACAUACCACAAAUAUAUGCAUGUCGCGCAUAGUGACGUCAUUAUUCAGCAGUUUUUACUCCCAAAUGUACAAAUUAACAGAUAUGGAAUUGUCUUGUAUUGGUAACUACAUAAAAUGCAUUGCAACUGAUUUGCUCCCCAAAGCGCGGACAAGUCACAAGAACAAAAGUCAAAUUAUCUCAGAAUGAAUGAAAACAAAACAAAUUACUUAUUACUGCCAUAAGUCAAGUAAAGAAUUGAACUACACUUAUUUCUAUUGAUAAACUUGUAUGUAAGAAUUGAGAAUUGAAUUGCACACCCCCCCUGGUCCCUUGUUUAUGUUUGCAUACACAUGAGGAGGGGGGAACACAUCUAUACAUACAUACAACUAUAUAAAUAUAUAUGUAUAUUUUUUUUAAAUGUUGAAAACGUAGUAUGUAAAACAUAUUUUUGUAAUUUGUAACUUAUACAUGCAUACAUACAUAUAUACAAUAUAUUAUAAUGCAUAUAUACACGUACAUAUACAAAAUGACCAGUUGUAAUAUUUAUGAAAAAAUGAAAAAAUGAAAAAACUAAAAUUACUAUGUAUAUGCAAGUGUAAGUGCAGCAAAAUGUAAGGCGAACGAAUUUGCAACAACGGGUCUAUAAGAUAAUAAGUGAGAAGCCGUUAAAUUUCAAUAAAUUGUUAGUUAAGAAAAGUGUUAUUAGGUGUGCUGAAAAUUUGUGUUUGAUUUAAAUCGAGCUGCAGGCCGUUAACUACAUAAGAGAUACAUGAAUAUAUUUAAUUUUGACUGGGCUCGAAAAAUAAAUUGAAAAUGUGUGCUUGUUGUACAUAAAACUUGUUCAUAAAAUAAACUAUAUUAUACACGUA